GCAGCAAUGCUACCCCGGGCAGCUUGGCACACACGGCAGCUCCCGCCGGUCUCCUCCCAAGAAGCCAGGGUCUCCCAGGGUCAGCAGCCGGGGCCCAAUGAGGGGCAGGCCCAGGCGGCGACGCCCGGGCUGGUCUCCUCCCCCAGACGGUUUGUGCAAUACAAGGCGGAGCUGCUGUUUUGCAGGCAGUCGCCGGCGCCUGGAACACGGUAUAUUACAGCGGCCGGCUGCAACCUAUAGCCUAAGCCUGCCUCGUUUCCUGUCCCGGCAGCUGCCAGCACCAGCCGCUUUCCUCGGUCCCCUACCGCCACAGCUCCCCAUGGAGAAGGCUGAGGACGGGUCCCAGGGCUUCCUGCCGCCCUUCGAGCACUUCGCCACUCAGGCCAUCCACGUGGGGCAGGAGCCGGAACAAUGGACCUCCAUGGCCGUCGUGCCCCCCAUCUCUCUCUCCACCACCUUCAAGCAGCAGGCGCCCGGCCAGCACUGUGGUUUCGAAUAUAGCCGUAGUGGAAAUCCGACUCGAAAUUGCCUGGAAAAGGCUGUAGCUGCACUGGAUGGAGCCAAGUACUGUUUAGCUUAUGCUUCAGGCUUAGCAGCUACUAUGAAUAUUGCACAUUUGUUAACGAUGGGAGACACUGUUAUCUGUAUGGAUGAUGUUUAUGGAGGUACAAACAGAUAUUUCAGGAAGGUAGCCUCCAAAAUGGGUUUGAAGAUUACUUUUGUUGACUGUAGCAAAUUGGAAUGCCUGGAGGCUGCAAUCACACCAGAUACAAAGCUUGUUUGGCUUGAAACUCCCACAAAUCCCACCCUGAAGGUCAUUGAUAUUCAAGGCUGUGCAGAUGUCAUCCAUAAACAUAAAGACAUUAUUUUAGUAGUGGACAACACCUUUAUGUCAGCAUAUUUCCAGCGUCCUUUGUCUCUUGGGGCAGAUAUUUGUAUGUAUUCAGCAACCAAAUACAUGAAUGGGCACAGUGACGUUGUAAUGGGAUUGGUUUCAGUAAAUUGUGAUGAUCUCUAUGAAAGGCUCAAAUUCUUACAAAAUGCCCUUGGAGCAGUUCCAUCUCCUUUUGACUGUUACCUUUGCAAUCGGGGUUUAAAGACACUGCAGAUCCGGAUGAAGCAGCAUUUCUACAAUGCACUGGCUGUUGCUCAGUACCUUGAAUCAAAUCCCCGGGUAGAAAAAGUCAUUUAUCCUGGACUGCCCUCGCAUCCUCAGCAUGAGCUAAUGAAGCGUCAGUCCACUGGCUGUCCUGGGAUGGUCACCUUUUACAUUAAAGGAAAUCUUGAACAUUCUGAAAUCUUUCUCAAGAAUUUAAAGCUUUUCGCGCUGGCUGAAAGUCUGGGAGGAUACGAAAGCCUAGCAGAACAUCCGGCCAUUAUGACUCAUGCCUCAGUUCCUGAAGAGGAGAGAGAGGUUCUUGGGAUCAAUGAUACUUUGAUUCGCCUGUCAAUUGGUUUGGAGGAUGCACAAGAUAUACUGGAAGAUCUGGAGCAAGCUUUGAAAGCAGCAGUCCCAGAGCAUAUGGUUCGCAACUAGGAAUCUUAAGACCUGAAAUUGGAAGCUGAUCACUACACAGCUAAGACACCCAGAGAAGAUUAAAUGAAAAGCCAAACCACUGAUAAGUUUCUUUGGAUUUGCCUUUAAAAGUGAAAGGCGAAAGGAGGGAAAAAAAAAACCACCACAAACCACACCCAAACGUAUAGUCAAAGUUUAGAUACCUAAGCAGUCUUUGUUUUUUUAGCUUUGCUCUCCAGUGACUCAACAUGGGUCAUAAAUAUGUGCACAAAACUUAGGCUUUCAGAUGUGUCAUCCUCUUGUUCCUCCUGCUCUUAUGACUUGAAACGUCACUCUCCUUUCUGACAGAAGCUUGUUGAUCUGAGAGCAGCUGUGAUGUACACGCAAGAGUAUUAUGUCCAGAUCUCAAAUAUUAAAAAUUGGGGGGGGGGUGUUAUGCUGUACAAUGGUGAGUGCAUGCUGCAGUUAUGUUGGCACAGGCUGUUUCUUUCAUCAUCCAUACUGUAGAAUUUAAAAAUAAAAUAUUUUAUGUCUAACAAAGUAUAUUUUGAAUGGUGUAGGAUCAAACUCAGACUCUUUGGAUGAGAAUAUCAAAUCUGGUUUGAUUUUGUGCAACACUGAACAUUUUAAAGUCAUACCUGAUACUGUACUGUAAUUUUCUGAAGAUGAUUUGACAGGUAAAAGCAGGAUUUAGUCUGAAAUUUUUAAUGGAAUGUGUUAUACUUGAGAACAAUUUCAGUCUUAACUCCUGUCUUACCAACAUAGAAUUUUUCUGUAUGCUUGAAUUUCUAAAAUGGAUAAUUUAAUGAAAGGGGAAAUUAAAUGGGGCAUUUGUCAGACAGACUACAAUGAUAAUUUUAAAAACAUUAAAAUUUUCACAAAGCAAAUGAAAUCUAGACUUAGUUUUUAAAAGAAAAACCUAAUAUUACACCACAUACUAGUUCUCUGGCUUUUUAAAAUCCUCUAUUUUUUAAUCUAACAUUAAGUUGUUUAGAAUGUUCUGUAUGAAUUGUAAGUGGUACAUAUUAGUGAAUAAAAUGAAUGGGACAAA